UGUGAUGCGUGAGUGAAUGGCCGCCAUAUUAGCAGGCGUAUUGGAAGCUGGUGAUGCGCCGACUCGACCACGCCCACAAUGAGCUCCUUCCUCAUGAACGGCGGAUACCAGCCUCAGCCGGACCCCAAAUUCCCACCCCCCGAGGAGUACAGCCAGGCGGACUACAUACCGCCCGGAGAAUACUACCAGCAUCAGCUCCAGUAUGGCUACCAGCAUCAGUACCCCGUCCAAAUCGGCACCGGCUACGGUUACGGGGGAUACUACCAUCCGAUACCGCAGCAUCCCCCGGUGGCGCCCCCGCCACGACCACCUGAGCCGUCCCAUCCGUCUGAUGCAGAUCACGGGUAUAUCCCAUCGCACGAAGCCACCCCAGGGCUGGCGGAGCUGGGACUGCGGCUAGAAAGGCAUAUAGAAGAGGCAGCUCCUGCUGGAAGAAAACUCCAGGCUCUAGGCCGAGAAGGUUCACCGGUUUCAGAACUGGACGACGAGCGACUGCUCUUAGACAGUCCGCCGGUCGAUGAUGAUGACUCUUCGAUAUGUUCGGAUAAUACGGACAGGGUUAUUUAUCCAUGGAUGAAGAAAAUCCACGUAGCUGGAGCUUCCAAUGGCAAUUUUCAACCGGGAAUGGAGCCGAAACGACAGAGGACGGCGUACACGAGGCACCAGAUAUUAGAAUUGGAGAAGGAGUUCCACUACAAUCGUUACCUAACCAGAAGAAGAAGGAUAGAAAUAGCCCAUACUCUAGUCUUGUCGGAACGACAAAUAAAAAUCUGGUUUCAAAACAGACGGAUGAAGUGGAAGAAGGACAAUAAAUUACCGAACACCAAAAACGUCAGGAGAAAAACUAAUCCGGCGGGAGUCACCACGACUACAAAAUCCACACCAAAGAGUAGAUCGAAUAAGAAUACGAAUAAUAACGACAAGAAAAAGUCCAACAAUAACGGCAGGCCGGACAGCAUAGAGAACGUGACGGACAAUAUCAUGAAUGACUUACAUUGUGCGCAAAUGUCACAUGAUUCAGCAAUAAGCCCGAUGUCGCAUCCCAGCCAGAUGAACGCUGGUCACCCGAUGACUCCGCACCACCUGCAUAUGAUGAGCAUGCACGCCGGCAUGGACCCGGCGAUGGUCGCCAAUCUCGCGGCUCACGGCUCCCCGGUCGGCAACGCCUGUGGCACAGGCCUCAACCCCGCCAACAACCCGGUCAUCAAAUCCGACUACGGUCUCACCGCCUUAUAAUCCCUAAACUAAAGAGUGUAUAGAUAUAUUUUGAUUAACGGACUUUUGUUUCUUACCAUUCCUUUGACGAUAGACGUUAUUAAAGUGAUGAAUGUGUUGAAUAAGUUCUAGGCUAAGCAGUGUAAGUUAUAGUAACCAGUCAUAAGUUGGAUGUUUUAUAGGUAAGAGGAAACUUUACAAUGUCAAAAGUGUGAUUAUUUUAGGGUAGGUAUAGAUUUACCAUCUGAGUGUUGGACUUGUACUUUAAGCUUGAGUCAUUGUCUUCAACUUCAUGAAUAAUUGUCUUUAAAUAUUUUACAUUCAAACCAUUUUAUUGUGUCAUAUCUAAUACUCAAGUGUGUAAGAAUGGUAUGUAACAUUUCACAACUAUUGUUUUAAGUAUGGUCGGUGGACAUUGAUCGUAUUCAUUUAACCCACUUAUUGAGUACCAAGUACUAACGCGCACGUCAAUGAAAGCCUCCUCUC